UAAGUUCAAUCUCUGGUACAAAAAAAAAAAAAAAUGAGAUUGGUUUGACCAUAAUAUUUACUUCUGAACCCCAUGCCAUUGGGCUACAUCUUUAGGCCACAACUGGGAGCAACUCCACUGUGUGGAGUCCAUAGUGCUCGGUCACUGAGCACAUGAACAGUCGGUCCACACAGAGUAAGUAGUUAUGACACAGCAGGAAAAGAGCUCAGUGCCUCCCACAGCCAUGUGCCACGGCAUUUGGGAAAGGCAAAGCUGCAGUGACAGAGCUGCCAAGCUUGCCGUGUGGGAGAGUUCCAUGAGGACUGGGAGCGGGGACCAGGGUUCCAAUUGGGACUGGUCACUUACCCACGUCCAUUUCUCAGAAGCUCAGAACUGCAUCCCAGAAGAGAGGCUUGGACCAUACGUUGGAUAGGACUGAAGGGGAGGUGGUCCAGAGCCGCCUCCCGCUCUCCUUCUGUCCUGGCACCGCAGUCCAUGUGUUCCUGAGGGUUCUGCCUUACAUGUUGACACCCUCGUCAGAAGGUCACUGCGUAAUGCUGUCUGCAUCUUUUUAAUUGUAGUUGGACACAAUACCUUUAUUUUUAUUUAUUUAGUUUUAUGUGGUGUCAAGGAUUGAACCCAGUGCCUCAUAAGUGCUAGGUGAACGCUCUGCUGCUGAGCUACAACCCCAGCCCCUGCUGUCUGCACUUGCAGCUGAUGUUUUUAGUUCUGUGUCUCUAGAUCUGCCUACUUGCUCAUACUUUGUUUAAUGGCUUAAUAAUUAAUUGUGUUUACUUUUUUUCCCUCAGUGCUGGGGAUGGAACCCAGGGCCUCACGUGCUAGACAAGUGCCCCACCAUGAGUGACACCCUGGCCUGUGUUUCACAUAUAUUGUUAACGGAGGCUUGCUUGGUGUGGACCUCAGGCCUCUCUGGAAACUGAGCUCCCCUGCAGGCAUGCUUCUUCAGCUGAGGGCUGUGGCUCUGCUAAUGUCCCCAGGAUGCCAGAUGUCUCCUACAACCUCACUAGCUCUUCUGACUGACAGCUUACCACUUUCUGGCUGCCAGGCAGGCCCUCUAACACUAAGCUCCACCCAGCCCUGACUACAUGUUUAUCCAGUUUGGUUUCCUCACUGGAAACUGCCAGUCAGCCUCCUUUGUUCAUCUUGGGGUGGGCUUCUGAUUGUGUCUGGUGUCAGUUUCCUUGUUUGAGCAGCAUGUGGUGGUUCCCCUUACCUCUUGUCUUUGGCAGUCUGUCUACUGAUGCUCUGGCCAAGGUGAGCAGCAUCCUCUGCUGGGCUUUGGGAGGUACUGGGAGUUGAAGGUAGGGGUACUCUACCACUGAGCUAUAUCCUCAGCCCUUUCUAUUUUUUAAUUUUACUUAUUUUUUUUUUCUGUGCCUUAGAAAAUGGGCCCUGAAGCAAACCCUUCAUCCUUCAUCAACAUUGAUCUUCUCCACCCUCUGGAUCUGGGUAGUUCCUGGGCGGGGUUGGCUCUUUCUCCAGGACCUUGGGCAUCAGCCUCCCUCUCUCUGAGGAACUGAUCUCCAGGCACAUUUUGGCCCCUGGCUGUUGCCAGACCUACUCCUCUCCCUGAAUCCCAGCUUCAGCCUCCUUGCCACAUUCCCAUCCCCUGUCACCCAGCUGUGGUGGGGGCCCUGGGUCCAGUGUGGAGUCCACAGGGCUCAGCGCUGUGCUGCCCAGACGCCCACCAGCUGUGCUCCAGGAUAUGAGCACACUCUGUCUGGAGUCACCCUUGUCUUCCAGAGCCUACUCCUGACGUUGACAGUGUCCUGGGAGCUCUGAACCAAGGCGGUGUGCCAUGGGGGCAUUUGUUGGGUGUGCACAUUGGUCCUGAUGCUGUGAUCUCGGGCCCCAAGGGCACCCACUCCUUUUUCUUGUUUAGGACCAAAACAGCUCAUAGGAUAGAGUCUGCUGUUGGGUUCAGGCAUUCUAGGCCCUUCCCUGGUGAUGAGGGUGCUAAGCACCCACCUGUGUUGUGUGGGCCUUCCCUUCCUGCCUGCUCCUCUAGGGGAAGCAGGCACAGCAUGUCCCUCACCCCAGUCACCAAGCUUAAGCUUAGUGAUGGAGUCUCAGGCUGAAGCUUAGCCUGGAGGGUCUUCCCCACUCUCCACACCCAGCUUCUAUUCCUGUGCCCCCUGGCUAAAGCCUGUAAGGCAGCCCCUGGGAGCAACCCACUGGCAUGCUCAGAGCUGUGCUUCCUUCUAGGCUUUUGUGGCCACUGGGCAGUGGCCCCAUCAUGUCUGGGCCCCAGACUCCUGAACACACACUGGAUGCCCAGGGUGACUCAUCCCUAUGCAGGAAGGAUGAGGACAUCAGGGAAGGGACCCAGAGCUCCCACCGCAUGCUGGGUUUCAGUGACGCACUACUGUCCAUCAUCGCCACAGUCAUGAUCCUUCCUGUGACCCACACGGAGAUCUCCCCAGAGCAGCAAUUUGACAAAAGUAUACAGAGACUUCUAGCAACCAGGAUUGCUGUCUACCUGAUGACAUUUCUAAUUGUGACUGUGGCCUGGGCCGCACACACCAGAUUAUUCCAGGUUGUUGGGAAAAUAGACGAUACACUUGCCUUGCUCAACCUGGCCUGCAUGAUGACCAUCACCCUUCUGCCAUACACAUUUUCCUUAAUGGUGACGUUCCCUGAUGUGCCACUGGGCAUCUUCCUGUUUUGUGUGUGUGUGAUCGCCAUUGGAGUUGUGCAGGCACUGAUUGUGGGGUAUGCUUUCCACUUCCCACACCUGCUGAGCCCGCAGAUCCGGUGCUCCGCCCACAGGGCCCUGUCCCGAAGGCACAUCCUGCACCUUGUCCUCCGUGGUCCAGUGCUGUGCUUUCUUGCGGCCAUCUUCUCCCUCUUCUUCUUCCCUGUGUCAUACCUGCUGAUGGUGACCGUCAUCUUCCUGCCCUACAUCAGCAAGGCCACCAGUUGGUGCAAAGACAGGCUUGUGGGUCACAGGGACCCCCCGGCCCACAAUGCAGAGGUCUUCAGCUUCGACCUGCAUGAGCCCCUCAGUAAGGAACGGGUGGAAGCCUUCAGUGACGGUGUCUAUGCCAUUGUGGCCACGCUCCUCAUCCUGGACAUCUGCGAGGACAACGUCCCAGACCCCAAGGCCGUGAAGGAACAGUUCCGCGGGAGCCUCGUGGCAGCCCUGGGCGCCUAUGGGCCACACUUCCUGGCAUACUUCGGCUCCUUUGCCACAGUGGGUCUGCUCUGGUUUGCACACCACUCGCUCUUCCUGCACGUCCGCAAGGCCACACAGGCCAUGGGUCUGCUCAACACCCUCUCCCUGGCCUUUGUGGGUGGCCUCCCUCUGGCCUACCAGCAGACUGCAGCCUUCGCCAGGCAGCCACGAGAUGAGCUGGAGCGUGUGCGCCUCAGCUGUGCCAUUGUCUUCUUCGCCAGCAUCUUCCAGUUUGCCAUCUGGACUGCGGCCCUGCUGCGCCAGGCGGAGACGCUGCAGCCAGCUGUGCGAUUUGGUGGGCAGGAGCAUGCCUUCAUGUUUGCCAAGCUUGCGCUAUACCCCUGUGCCAGCCUGCUGGCCUUUGCAGCCACCUGCCUGCUGAGCAGAUUCAGCACAGCCAUCUUCCACGUCAUGCAGAUUGCAGUGCCCUUCGCCUUUCUGCUACUGCGCCUCCUCGUGCGCCUGGCUCUGGCCAGCCUACGUGGCCUACGCCACCUGCGGCCAGCACAACCCCUCCAGAGCCAGGCCCCAGAGGAGGCCCAGUCCCAGCUCCUGCCUUCCUCCUGCUAGUGGAAGCUAUGCCUGCCCGGGAAGGAAGCCUUGGGGGUUGGGCCAGCAGGCCCCAUGGAGCUACAGUCUGGGUUUUGCCUCCAUUGUGAAAUAUCAAGAUCUGUUUCAGAGUAUGCAAA